AUGCUUGUCAUAUCAAGUGUCGCCCUGACUUGGGCUUUGUUGUUUGUAGGAAGUGCCUCUUCUAAGCCAGUGGAAGCUGUAUCGAGCACCACAUCAGCAUCUUCUGGAGAUCAAGCAUCAUGGACUGCACCUUCUGCUUUCCCAAGUGGAGUGUUCAAACACUGGAGGGUCAAACCAGGAAAUUACUCCCAAGAACCUCGUCCAGCAGUGACAAAAUUCGGUUCAGGAGGAUACUUUUCGCAGAGUAUCGACCAACCCUAUCCACUGCAAACAGGACCUCCAGCUUCAAAUGCUGUUUAUCCCGACAAGAAAGAGCAAGCACCACACAAGAAUUACGCAAAAGAGAUUGAAGCGAAUAUCACUUCUUUGAUCGCAAACAACAACACUCAACAAAUCGCCUGCCAGAGGUGUAUCUCCGGCUUACGACUCGGGCAAAAGCUUGCCAAAGCAGCACCACAUCACGUUCCUGGCGUUCUGAUCGAUUUGUGUACAAGAUACAACUUCACAUCAACCAAAUCAGGCUUGUCGCAAGCGGAAGUCUGCAAAAGAGAAUACUCAGGCGCUACUUUGGGCUCCUCACUUACUCAACUGUUGAGUUAUGCAGAUUUGAAUGGCGAGAACCCAAGUGAUGGCUUGUACCUCUGUGCAAAUGUUGUCGGCACUUCCAGUGGCUGCAAAAACCCUGCUCCAAUAGACCUGAACGCAGACGGAUUCUUGGACAAGUGGUUCGGCGGUAAGAGCAAGAGAAGUGCAAUCCGCAAACGUAGCGAAUCAGUAAGAAAUAAGAAACAUAUGCGUUUAUUACACUUCUCAGAUAUUCACGUGGAUCCAAGAUUCUUUGUUGGAGGUGAAGCACAAUGCACUUCAGGACAAUGUUGCCGUUCCGACUCUUUCAACUCUACAGUAGCCCAUGCACCCCCUUCGCCACCAGGAUCCUAUUUACCCGCUGCUAAUAUCAGUGAAAAGGCCGUCUAUUGGGGAAACUAUAAAUGCGAUGCUCCAUGGCCAUUGGCAGUUUCAGCAAUGCAAAGCGUCAAACAUCUCAACAAAGGUGAAGAUGUUGAUAUGUCUGUGUAUACAGGUGAUAUGGUCACGCACGAUUCUGAUUGGCAUUUGAGCAAUGAUUUAGUGACAUACACGCAACAAGCCAUCUUUGAUACCAUGAAGCAUUUCUUGGGUAACGGUCCAGUGUUCAGUGCUAUUGGAAAUCAUGAUACCGCACCUGCCGAUCAAUCAUCACCAAAUAGUCUUCCGGAUAAAGGACCACGAGAUCAAUUCUCAUACGAUUGGGAUAACCUAAAACGAUUAUUUGAAGCCGAAGGAUGGUUUUCGCAUGAAGAAGCAAAACAAGUUUCACGUCAUUAUGGUGGGUAUUCUAUUAGCCCUCGUAAAGGAUUGCGUGUGAUCACACUCAAUUCGGACUUUUGGUACAAAGGUAACAGAUACAACUUUAUUCAAACUUCUAAUCCUGAUCAUGGAGGUAUCUUACGUUACUUAACUGAUGAAUUAGAGGCUGCCGAACAAAGACGUGAACGUGUAUGGAUUGUUGGACAUGUUUUAACAGGAUGGGAUGGCUCGAAUGGUCUAAGUGAUCCUACCAACCUAUUCUAUCAAAUCGUCGAUCAUUACGCUCCACGGACGAUUGCACACAUCUUCUUUGGACACACCCAUGAAGAUCAAUUCAACGUUUUCUAUGCGAAUAACGGAACUCAGCGUACAUCAGUGAACGCAAAAGCAGUUUCAUUCAUGGCACCUUCCAUCACACCUGGCAGUAAUGUCAAUUCAGCCGUUCGAAUUUAUACCGUCGAUCCGGAAACGUAUGAAGUUCAUGAUUACGAUCAAUUCUAUACCCAAGUGAACGAUUUUCCUGGCUUACCCGAAUCACAACAUGGACCGAUUUGGACACAUCUUUAUUCGGCAAGAGAGGCUUAUGGUAACUUUAGUCAAUCGGCUGUUUCAGGUGCAGUUGCCAAUGGAACAGUCAAAUUGACCGAUCAAGGUUAUUGGCCCGCUCAAGCACCACUCAAUGCAACAUUCUGGAGUGCUUUGACGGAUGAAAUGGAAAAGAGAAGCGAACUCGUUACCCAAUUCCGUCAUUUCACCGGUCGUGAUAGUCCAAAAUCACCCGGUUGUGAUUCAGGGUGCAUUGCAGCCAACAUCUGUUACAUGCGUAGCGGAAAUGCUAUUCUCGGUCAACAAUGUCCAACAGGAGCGCAUUAUGCUAGUGUACAAAGUUAA